AUGAAGUUCCUCGCCCUCCUCGCCAUCUUCGUGGCCACCGUCAUCGCCGUAGCGAUUCCAGCCCAGAAGGAGUCGUGCCCAGCAGACGACUCAUUCGACUGGCUCGCUCUACUGAAAGACUUUCAGGACAAAGGUGAAAUCAAAAUCAGCGGCCCACCAGAUUCCUUCGACGACAUCACCGACGACUUGGACCUCACCAAACGCUGGGACGUACCCGGCCUGCACUGUGGAUCUUCGCGAGCUCUUCGCUGCGCAGCUGAUGCGGGCGGAACUGUGGCGAAGUGUGCGCAGGCUGCUAUGAGUGGUGGGGCGGAUUUCACGCUGGAUGCGUCGUGUAUUCGGGCGGCGAUGGAUUUUGGGACGCAGUUGCCGGAGCAUUGUGAGCUUUGCUUUGGGGUCUAA